AUGGUUCUUCAAUUACCCGCUCGACAAGCUCCAAAAAGGGUCAUCUUAGUUACGCCAAGCGAUCGUGCCGGCUCAUGGGAAAGUUUCCGACCUCUCUGCAGCGUGAGGAACGAGAAGAAACCGGAAUUGUACAAGCGGAUAAUGUCUGGUCUUCAGGAAAGCAUGUUGGACUUGAAGAAUACUCCCACUGCGCUCAUUAGUUCUCUCAGGGAUGAGGAUGAGAUCUUUGGACUCGUGAUGAGCAUCGUUCUUGUUGGAAGACAGCAAGACUCAAUGGAGAAUAUCGAGAUGGUUCUGACGAUUUUCGUUGACGACGAGGCUGAGUCGUGGCCAGACAUCCCGCGCGACGUGUUCAGCGGCCAAAAACUCACUUUAUUGGGAGACGAUCUUACUCAGCUCUUUCCAAACCAGUUCCUCAACUACCGCCAGCUUCUACUCAAGUCAUCAUCAGCUCUCAGUGCCAUAGGUCAAAUGAUUCAACCGGGAAAAUUCGUUUCGCUGACCGGUACAAGAAUGAUGCUGCCAUUUGAAUUUAUUCGCUCAGCAGAUGCAUCAGAUUGCCAAAAAAUCUGCUGCUCUGAUCUGACCCAACCGAACUCGUCCCUGAUGGUGUUGGACGAAACAUGCCCAGUCGGAAUAAACCUGCUUCAAAAACUGCGAACUUCUGAUAAACCGACCUCGAGCUGA